AUUGAACCCUCUCUCUCUCUCUCUCUCUCUCUCUCUCUCUCUCUCUCUCACCUUUGCUAGCUAACAACCACUUCCCAACCAGCUACUCACCACGCCCUUUGAAUGCUAGCUCGAUAUCUCCAUGCACUCUCUCUUUCCGUUUUAAACUCACAACCUCACAAUUCAAAAUUCAGUCCCUCUCUCUCUCUCUCUCUAAAGAUCUAAAUUAUCUCUGAUCGAUGGCGCCAGCUGCUCUCCAACGCGAGUCCAGAACAGUAUGUGUAAUGGAAGCCUCAAGCUGCUUAGGCACCACCCUCGUCGAGCGUCUACUCCAUAGAGGCUAUACUGUCCAUGCAACCGUCCAGAACCACAGUGAAAAUCAAUCGCUGAAUACACUUAGUAGUGGCAACAAGGAAUUGAAGAUUUUCAAAUCGGACCCAUUUGAUUACCAAAGCGUAAUUGAGGCUUUAAAGGGGUGUUCUGGUCUGUUUUACACGUUCGAGCCUCCUCAAGACCAACCCACCUACGAUGAAUUAAUGGCAGAGUUGGAGGUUAGAGUUGCCCACAACGUACUGGAAGCGUGUGCUCAAACCGACACCAUAGACAAAGUGGUCUUUACAUCCUCGGCAACAGCUGUUAUUUGGAGGGGUAUUGAUGAUCCUAAUAAUACUAAUAAAUCUUCGUUGUCUGAUUUGGACGAGAGGGAUUGGUCUGACAUCACCUUCUGUCGUAAUUUCAAGUUAUGGCAUGCCAUGUCCAAGACGCUAGCAGAGAAGACAGCCUGGGCAUUGGCAAUGGACAGAGGGAUAAAUAUGGUGUGUAUCAAUGCGGGAUUGCUUCUGGGUCUCGAUCUCUCGAUCACCAACCCUUACUUGAAAGGAGCGGCUGAGAUGUACGAAGACGGCGUGUUUGUCACCGCCGAUCUGAAUUUCUUGGUGGAUGCCCACAUCUGCGUCUUUGAAGACGUCUCAUCAUACGGUCGAUACUUGUGCUUCAACCACGUGAUCAAUCGCACCGAAGACGCCAUCAAGCUCGCCCGAUUGUUGUCACCCGUGUCUCCACAACCUCCGACUUUUGACCAGGAUAUGAGGAUAAUCCAGCAGAGGAUAAGCAACAAGAAAUUGAACAAAUUAAUGGUUGACUUCGAGAGUGGAGCCCAGGUGGAGUGAUCCACAUCCGUGAUCUCUACUCAUGUUACAUGGACCUCAAGUGUAAACACAACUCCAGCUGUUUUCGUCUUAGUAAAAUGCCCAAAAUUCGGAAAAUAGGAUCUCGUGGGAAGAAAACUUAACCAGUGCAGGCUCUUGGGGCAAUCUUCGUAAGGGGCUCCGUUAUGCAUUCGAUUUCGUCACUUGUUUGAAUUUUCACGUGCUUGAAGAUUUUGGGGUGAACAUUGCUUAAGUAUUCGGACAGAAUCGUCUUGUUUUGGUAAUCUUAAAUUGUUGUGCAAAGUAGUAUUUCUUUUGCUAUUCGCCAUUGUCGAAUUGUACACUAAUAUUUAUAAUUUCCAAGGCUUGGACCCAUGCAUUUUUGAGUAA